AUGGGAAACGCAGCAGGAAGCAUGGAGGUUCCUCAGGGGAAGGAUGGCAAAGCAGCGACGUCGGCCCCUCCAGGCUCCACGGGCCCCCACAAACUCCCGAUGCCACCUGAGGAGGAACUGGAGCAGCGCUUCAGUGCAGUGCUGAACACGAUGAAUCUUCCUCCAGACAAAGUGAAGAUCCUCAGUCAGUACGACAGCGAGAAGAAGUGGGACCUGAUCUGUGACCAGGAGCGAUUUCAAGUGAAAAAUCCACCCUCUGCAUAUUUGGAGAAGCUGAAGAGUCACCUGGAUCACGGAGGAGUCAGCAGAAAGUUUAAGAGACGCGUCCAGGAAUCCACUCAGAUCCUCAGAGAGUUGGAGAUUUCCCUGAGGACCAAUUACAUCGGCUGGGCUCAGGAGUUCCUCAACGAGGAGAACCACGGUUUAGACGUCCUCGUGGAUUAUCUGUCCUUCGCCCACAGUGCCGUCACGUAUGAAGUGGAUACUUUGGAUAACGGCUCGCUGCCCGCAGACAAAAGCAAAACUGUGGAGAAGUCGGUGGAGGAUCUGAGCAGAAGUGCCAGCAACUCACCCACUCACAGCGCCUCCAAGGCCAGCAAGGGCUUCACAGUGAGGAAAACCCAGAGGAGCUCUCGCGUUGUGAGCCAGAGCGACGACGUUCAUCUCUGCAUCAUGUGUUUACGUGCCAUCAUGAACUAUCAGUCUGGGUUCAACCAGGUGAUGAAGCAUCCCAGCUGCGUCAACGAGAUCACGCUCAGCCUCAACAACAGAAACCCGAGGACGAAGGCGUUGGUGCUGGAGCUGCUGGCGGCCGUGUGUUUGGUGAGAGGAGGCCAUGACAUCAUCCUCUCCGCCUUCGACAACUUCAAAGAGGUGUGUGGAGAGAAAAGUCGGUUCGAGAAGCUCAUGGAGUAUUUCAGCCAUGAAGACAGCAACAUCGACUUCAUGGUGGCCUGUAUGCAGUUCAUCAACAUUGUGGUCCACUCGGUGGAGAACAUGAACUUCAGAGUCCACCUCCAGUAUGAGUUCACUCAGCACGGGCUGGACGACUACCUCGAGAGGUUAAAGUACACGGAGAGCGACAGGCUGCUGGUUCAGAUUCAGGCCUAUCUGGACAACCUGUUUGAUGUGGGAGCUCUGCUGGAGGACGCAGAGACCAAGAACACUCUGCUGGAGCACAUGGAGGAGCUGCAGGAGCACAACACACAGCUGGGCUCCAGGCUUCAGGAGAACGAGAGGGAAGCGAUGGAGAAAGCGUCGGAAAUGGAGAAGAAGCUCAUUCAGACCACAAAAGAGGUGGAGCUCCUGAAGGAGGGUCUACGUGAAUCCAGCUCCCAGGUGACUCUCCUGCAGCAGAGAGAACGAGACAGAGAGCUAGAGCGUGAGAGGGAGAGAGAGAGGGAGAGAGAGAGGGAUCGAUCCACCGAGGCCCUGAAGGAGCUGGAGGUCAAAGUUCAGGCUCUGGUGGAGCAGGGGCUGGUACGAAUGAAGCGCUCCUCCUCCGGACACCUGGAUGUCGAGGUGGUCCCCGUCGUCCAGCACGUGACGCAGGAAGCUAAAGAUGAAGCAGAUUCAGGUAAAAACCAGGAGGCCCCUCCCCCCUCCUCGGACCCUCAGCCUUCUCCCUCUGAAGAUCCUCUGCAGUCGGCGGUGAUGCAAGCUCCUCCUCCACCACCACCUCCUCCACCUCCUGGCUCAACUCCUCCUCCUCCUCCUCCUCCUCCUCCUCCUCCGCCUCCUCCACCUCCAGGCUCAACUGGAACUCCUCCUCCUGCUCCUCCUCCACCACCAGUUGCUCCACCACCCCUGCUGCCUCCUGGAGAUGGUACGACCCAUCUAUCAGGAUUUGUGACUGAUGGAGGCUCAGGUUGUAAAAAGAAGAAGACCAUUCAAACCAAAUACCGCAUGCCGUUGUUGAACUGGCAGGCGCUCAAAUCCAACCAGGUGGCAGGAACCGUCUUCAACGAGCUGGACGACGAGAACGUCUUAGAGGAGCUCAACAUGGCGACUUUUGAGGAGCAGUUCAAGACCAAGGCACAGUCGGCCCCUGUAGAACUGGGGACCAUCAAGAUUAAACUGGCCCACAAGACUCCCAGUAAAGUGUCUCUGAUGGAGCCCAACAGGGCCAAGAACCUCGCCAUCACCCUCCGCAAGGAAGGAGUGGCUGCAUCCGAUAUCUGCUGUGCGAUUGAGACGUACAACCAGAGGGCUCUGAGCCUGGACUUCCUGGAGCUGCUGGAGCGCUUCAUCCCAACGGAGUACGAGACCAAGCUCAUCCACGGCUACGAGUGUGACGGCAGGCCCCUGGACGAGCUCAGCGAGGAGGACCGCUUCAUGGUGCGCUUCAGCAAGAUCCCGCGGCUCCCCCAGCGCAUCAGCACCCUCACCUUCAUGGGAAACUUCCCCGAGAGCGUCCAGCUGAUUCAGCCGCAACUGAACGCCAUCAUCGCCGCCUCGAUGUCGAUCAAAUCCUCCAGCAAGCUGAAGAAAAUCCUCGAGAUCAUCUUGGCUUUUGGAAACUACAUGAACAGCAGCAAGCGAGGAGCAGCGUACGGCUUCCGUCUGCAGAGUUUAGAUCUGCUGUUAGACACCAAAUCUACAGACCGAAAGCAGACGCUGCUGCAUUUCAUCGUCAGCAUCAUCCAGGAGAAAUACCCCGACGUUCAGUCCUUCUUCACAGAGCUGCACUUCCUGGACAAGGCGGCGCUGGUUUCUCUGGACAGCAUCCUGCAGGAUGUGCGAGCUCUGGAGCGAGGCAUGGAGGUGACCAGGAGGGAGUUCUCCGUAGAGAAAGACAAUCCUGUGCUGCAGAAGUUCCUCAGCAGCAACACCGAGCUGCUCAACUCGCUUAUAGCGGACGGAAAAACUGCCCAGGAUGUUUAUGACUCUGCAGUCGAGUACUUUGGAGAGAACUCUAAAACGACGCCGCCCUCCGUGUUCUUCCCUGUUUUUGUCCGGUUCAUCAAAGCGUACAAGCAAGCUGAGCAGGAGAACGAGCAGAGGAAGAGACAAGUCCAGAACUGUGAAGCUCCAUCAACUCCACCUAAACCUGAAGUCACAGGAAGAAAGGUGUGUGUGACGUCCAAACUGCCACAGAUGGAUCUGAUAGCAGAGCUGAAGAGGAGGCAGGUGUCUCCUCUGGUGAGGGAGGGGAAGGACGGAGCCAUCGAGGACAUCAUCACAGAUUUAAGGAAUCAGCCAUACAGACGGACGGACGGCGGCCGACGCAGCGCCAAGUGGAAACCAGGACAACAGCUCCACGUGUCCUCAGACAUCUCGCUCUGAAAAACAACGCAGACCGAACUGAAA